AUGAAUGCGUCAUUCAAUGCAUGUCUCGCUCUCUCCUCUUCCGAACUCUUCUCUCAGUUUCAGAGAAGAGACGACGCGAUGAACGACGAGACGCGACAACCGGACGACCAGAAGGAAUUCCUCCCAAAAGCCGACCACAAGUCCAAUGAUUUGCAGAAACUGCAACAACAGUACGCGUCGCGCGAACGCCUGUCCCUUCUGCGCUCCGUCGUCGCCAUCUCCGCCCUUCACGCGCUCUCCUAUCUCCUCUUCCGCCACCUCGUCGCCGCCUCCUUCGCACCCUCCGCCUCCCUCUGCCUCCUGCUCGCGCUCCUCGCCCUGCUCCUCCUUCUCGCCCUCCUGUGCCUCCUGCCCCCGCCCCUCCUGCUGCCGCACGCCUCCUUCGCGGCCGUCGCGUGCGUCGCCUUCCUUCUCUGUCUCGUCGUCUCUCUCGUCGCCUCCGGCCUUGACUUCGAUCGCCUUCUGUCGUCGCGUCGCGCGCUGACGCCCUUCUGGUCGCUGUUCGCGGUCCUCAUCGCACAGACGAUGCUUCCGCUGACAAUGAAGACGACGCUCGCGAUCCAACUCUGCGUCCUUUCCGCACAACUCGUCGUCUCGAUUGUCGUCUUUGCGCGACUCGACUCCGACUCCUCGCAACUCGAGACCCAAUUCCUCGCAUGUGACGCUCUCCUUCUGCUCCUCUUUCUCGGCGUUUCUCUCUUUCAGCGCCGACUCUUCGACAAAGAGCGCGAAAACGUCUUUCGCGGCGCUCAGCGACUCAUCGACGAAAGGGUUCGCCUCGAGUUCGAGCGCGAGCAACAGGAACAGCUCCUCCUAUCCGUCAUUCCCGCGUAUAUCGCGGCCGAAGUGCGCUCUCGAAUCCUGCGCCGAAUGCAAGACUCGCUCACUUCGGACGGCGCCCACAAACCCUCCCAACGCUUCCACGAACUCUAUGUCCAGCGCCACAACAACGUGUCGCUCCUGUACGCCGAUAUCGUGAACUUCACGCCCCUCUCGAGCGCGCUCUCGGCCUCCGAACUCGUGCGCACUCUCAACGACCUCUUCUCGCGCUUCGACCAAUUGGCGCAACAAAACCAUUGCUUGCGAAUCAAAAUCCUCGGCGACUGUUAUUACUGCGUUUCCGGUCUUCCCGUCUCGCGCCCCAACCACGCCGUCAACUGCGUCCAUAUGGGGCUCGCGAUGAUCGCCGCCAUCAAAACGGUCCGCUACCAGACGGGCGUCAACGUGGACAUGCGAAUUGGCGUCCACUCGGGAAACGUCUUGUGCGGCGUCAUUGGUCUCCACAAAUGGCAAUACGACGUCUGGAGCGAUGACGUCACGCUCGCCAACCACAUGGAGUCGGGCGGCGUGCCCGGGCGAGUUCACGUGACUGAAGACACUCUUCGCCUAUUGGACGACAAGUUCGACUUCGAGCCGACAGACGGCCAAUCACGAGACGGAUAUCUCGCCGAACAUCGCGUCCAGUCCUUCCUCAUCGUCGCGCCAAAGGAACCCGACAUCGAGUACGAGCCGCGCGCCGUCGACCGCCGGAAGCGUUCCGUUUGCGCGGCGGCCGUCAAGCGGACGAACAAAUGGACGGAAUGCGGCUUUUCGGCCGACGCACCCUUCGCAAACGUCUCGGAGCGGGUUAUCGCCAAAAACGUUACGCAAACCAGCAUUGCACUCAUCGAGACGAGUCUUUUGCCGCCAAACGAGUCCUGUUUCCGACUCUUCGGCCAAAACCACGAAAUCAAUCCGUUGUGUCUUCACUUCCAAAAGGCUUCUCUCGAAUCUCAAUACCAAUUGCAGAGACUCUCAGACUUUGCGCUCAAUUUGAACUCCGUUUCCGUCGUCUUCUUCGUCCUCACUCUCAUCCAACUCAUUCUCGUGCCCACGAACUGGACCUCUUUGGCGCUCAUCGGUUCGACUUCUCUCAUCCUUUUGGUCGUCGUUUCGCUUCUAAACCUCCAGAACCUCCUCUUCCCCUCCUCGCGCCUGCCCACCGCCUCCGCUCUGCCACCCGACGCCGCCGCCGACGCCGAGAACGCCCUCUGCUGUCCACUUCCGGCCCUCCGGUCGCCGAAAGGCGUUCGAAUCGUUUGUUCCGUUUUGGCGGCCGUUUUCAUAGUCACUGAAAACUGUCUCACUUUCGCUCUCCUUCACUGCCAACACACGCCCCGCCCCCUCAACGCCACCCUCCACGCCCCCGACGACACCCCCUGCGCACACCUCCUGCGCCAUUACCUUCUCGUCUCUCCGCCCGUCGUUUUGCUCGCGAUUUCGCUCUUCUUUUUCCUCGGAUUUCUCCUCAAAACGCUUCUAAUGUUCGCCUAUUUGGCGGCCGUUCUCUGCAUCCAACUCUCACGUGACCACUCGCUCCCCGCCGACGCCCCAGAACUCUACCUCUUCUGCGCGGCGCUCGUCCUGUGCUUCCAUUGGCGCGACCGCUGCCUCGAGCGCGCCUCCCGCUCGCACUUCCUGUGGAGGGCCCGCCUGGGCGUCGAACAGGCGGACGUGGAGGUCAUGGGCGGCAUCAACAAAAUCCUUUUGGAGAACAUUCUUCCGCAACACGUCGCCAAACACUUCCUCCUCUCGGCGCCCACUCUCUAUCACGAGCGAUACGCGUCGGUGGGCGUCAUGUUCGCCUCCAUUCCCAACUUCAAGGAGUUCUACGACGAGAAUGACGUCAAUAAACAGGGCUUGGAAUGUCUGCGACUUCUCAACGAAAUUGUCUGCGAUUUCGACAAACUUCUGGAGAAACCCAAGUUCUCGUGCGUCGAGAAGAUCAAAACCAUCGGAUCCACUUACAUGACGGCCGCCGGUCUCACUCCGGGCGCCGACUGUCCGAACGCCGCGCAACGGCCGCGCCAUUCCGUCGUCUCAUUGGUCGAGUUGGCGGUCGCGCUUUCGGCCGCUUUGACGCAAAUCAACAAAGAGUCGUUUCAACGCUUCAAACUGCGCGUCGGAAUAAAUCACGGACCGGUGAUCGCGGGCGUCGUCGGCGCCAACAAACCUCAAUACGACAUCUGGGGAAACACAGUGAACGUCGCCUCGCGAAUGGACAGCACGGGACAGAUGGGGCGCAUCCACGUGACGGAGGACACGGCGCGCGUGCUGGAGGAGGAGGGGUACGCGUGCGAGAGCAGGGGUCAAAUCAAAGUGAAGGGGAAAGGCGUGUUGGAGACGUAUUUCGUGCAAAGUUCGCAAUUUGCGUGA